CAGCACACACGCACGCACACACACACACAAAAUUCUUCGCUGUCUCUCCCUCUCUCCCAAUCUCGUCCACCGUUCUUCUCUCUCUAAAACCCUAGAUAGAGAAACCUAGCCUUGCAAUCUUCUCUUCCUCUGGGGAUUAGGUUUCAUCUAUCGCUUGAAGUUGUGUUUUUUCGAUUGCGGAAGAGAGAGAAUUGCAGGUUGAGUCGGGAUGGAUCUUCCGAGCUUGGUGGUGAUCCUGCAGGGUGCGCUCAGCCCCAAUCCGAGUGAGCGCAAAGCGGCUGAGGAUAGUCUCAAUCAGUUUCAAUAUGCACCGCAGCAUUUAGUGAGGCUGUUGCAGAUCAUAGUGGAAGGGAAUUGUGAUAUGGCGGUCAGACAGGUGGCUAGUAUUUCUUUCAAGAACUUCAUUGCCAAAAACUGGGCGCCUCAUGACCCUGAUGAACAAUCAAAGAUCUUGCCUGCUGACAAGGAGGUUGUGAGACAGAACAUUCUCAAUUUUGUGUCCCAAGUCCCCCCACUUUUGAGAGCACAGCUUGGUGAAUGCUUGAAAACAAUUGUUCAUGCGGAUUAUCCAGAGCAGUGGCCGACUCUUUUGCAUUGGGUGAAGCAUAAUUUACAGGACCAACAAGUUUAUGGAGCUUUAUUUGUACACAGAGUUCUUUCCAGAAAAUAUGAGUUCAAAUCAGAUGAAGAGAGACUACCGGUUUCGCACAUUGUCGAUGAAACAUUUCCUCAUCUGCUUAACAUAUUUAAUCGGCUUGUUCAGAUUCCUGCUCCUUCAAUUGAUAUAGCAGAUUUGAUCAAACUGAUUUGCAAAAUAUUCUGGUCAUCAAUCUAUUUGGAGGUUCCAAAACAGCUGUUUGACGCAAAUGUAUUCAAUGCCUGGAUGAUUCUUUUCUUGAAUAUAUUGGAGAGGCCUGUUCCUGCAGAAGGGCAGCCUACUGAUCCCGAGCUGAGAAAAUCGUGGGGAUGGUGGAAAGUGAAGAAGUGGACAGUCCACAUACUAAAUCGCCUUUAUACCCGGUUUGGGGAUGUGAAACUUCAAAAUCCAGAGAACAAAGCCUUUGCCCAAGUGUUCCAAAGGAAUUACGCAGGGAAGAUUUUGGAGUGCCAUCUCAAUUUGUUGAAUGUGAUCCGUGUUGGUGGCUAUCUGCCGGACAGAGUUAUCAAUCUUGUCCUGCAAUACCUCACCAAUAGUAUUUCGAAAAGUAAUAUGUACAGUCAGCUGCAACCAAGGCUUGAUGUUGUUCUUUUUGAGAUCAUCUUUCCACUAAUGUGCUUCAGUGACAAUGAUCAACUUUUGUGGGAUGAAGAUCCUCAUGAAUAUGUGAGGAAGGGAUAUGACAUAAUUGAGGAUUUAUAUAGUCCUAGAACUGCUGCAAUGGAUUUUGUGAGUGAGUUGGUCAGAAAGCGUGGAAAGGAGAACCUUCAAAAAUUCUUAUUAUUUAUUGUGGAGGUUUUUAAGAGAUAUGAUGAGGCAGCAGCAGAAUACAAGCAUUAUAGACAGAAAGAUGGUGCUCUUCUUGCCAUAGGAGCAUUGUGUGAUAAGCUUAAGCAGACAGAACCUUACAAAUCUGAGCUGGAGCGCAUGCUUGUUCAGCAUGUGUUCCCUGAAUUCAGCAGUCCUGUGGGACAUCUUAGAGCUAAGGCAGCUUGGGUUGCAGGGCAGUAUGCACAUAUUACUUUCUCCGAUCCAAAUAACUUUCGAAGAGCUCUGCACAGUGUUGUUGCUGGCAUGCGUGACCCAGAACUUCCUGUCCGUGUUGAUUCUGUCUUUGCCCUGCGCUCUUUUGUGGAAGCCUGCAAUGAUUUGGGUGAAAUCAGACCAAUUCUUCCACAACUAUUGGAUGAGUUCUUUAAACUUAUGAAUGAGGUUGAGAAUGAAGAUCUUGUGUUUACUCUUGAGACAAUAGUGGACAAGUUUGGAGAGGAGAUGGCUCCUUAUGCUCUUGGAUUAUGCCAGAAUUUGGCUGCUGCAUUUUGGAAGUGCAUGAAUUCUGCAGAAGCAGAUGAGGAUGGUGAUGAUCCUGGUGCUUUGGCUGCCGUUGGUUGCUUGCGCGCCAUAAGUACAAUCCUUGAGUCAGUGAGCAGACUCCCCGAGCUCUUUGUACAUAUUGAGCCAACUCUAUUGCCGAUAAUGUGCAGGAUGUUGACUACUGAUGGACAAGAAGUGUUUGAGGAAGUUUUGGAUAUCGUCUCAUAUAUGACUUUCUUCUCCCCCACUAUAUCAUUGGACAUGUGGAGUCUUUGGCCACUAAUGAUGCAAGCUCUGGGUGACUGGGCGAUCGAUUUUUUCACAAUUUCAGAUAUUUUGGUGCCAUUAGAUAACUAUAUAUCCAGAAGCACUGCACAUUUUCUUACAUGCAAGGAACCGGAUUACCAGCAAAGCCUGUGGGACAUGAUUUCAUCUGUCAUGCGUGAUGAAAAUCUAGAGGAUGGUGAUAUUGAGUCAGCACCUAAGCUCAUUCAAGUAUUUUUCCAAAACUGCAAGGGACAGGUUGAUCGUUGGGUUGAGCCUUACUUAACAAUUACUAUGGAGCGUUUGCGUCGGACCACUAAACCUUAUCUGAAAUGCCUCUUAGUGGAAGUGGUGGCUGAUGCUCUGUAUUAUAAUGCAUCCUUGACACUCAGCAUAUUGCAAAAACUUAAUGUGGCCACAGAAAUUUUCAACCUAUGGUUCCAAAUGUUGCAACAGACUAGAAGAAAUGGAGCAAAGGCUAAUUUUAAGAGGGAACAAGAUAAAAAGGUUUGCUGCUUAGGGUUGACAUCAUUGCUCCCUCUCUCUGCUGAUCAACUGCCAGGAGAAGCAUUGGACCGAGUUUUCAAGUCAACUCUUGACCUGCUUGUUGCCUAUAAGGAACAAGUAGCAGAGGCUGCAAAGGAGGAGGCGGAGGCAGAAGCUGCUGAAGAUGAUGAUGAUAUGGGAAAUCUUGAAACUGAUGAUGAGGAUGAUGGAGAUGAUUCUGACGGAGAAAUGGGGGUUGAGGAUGGAGAUGAAGCUGAGAGCAAUAGACUUCAAAGAUUGGCUGCUAGGGCGCGGGCUUUCCGUAGCGACGAAGAAUUCGAUGACGACGACUCAGAUGACGACAUCAGUGACGAUGAAGAAAUGCAAUCACCAAUCGAUGAUGUCGACCCUUUUGUUUUCUUUGUGGACACCAUCCAAGCUCUGCAAGCAUCAGAUCCAUUGAGGUUCCAGAACCUCACACAGGCGCUCGAUUUUCAUUACCAGGCGCUUGCCAACGGUGUUGCCCAGCAUGCUGAACAGAGAAGAGUUGAGAUUGAAAGGGAGAAACUGGCCAAGGUUGCAGAGGCGGCAGCAGCAGCAGCUGCCGCUGCUUCUUGAUAUGGUUCUCACUUUGCCCUCUCCAUAAAGUCUUAGUCGUCGUAUUUCUCUCUCUUUCUCUAAGUGGUGUCCAUGGUGGUCAAUGUGUAUAAUAAGGUCUCGUUCAGGUCCCAGUUUCUCUAUCGAAGUUCCUCAAGAUAAGCAAUGUUGUGAAUUAGGGGAAAUGGGGGUUCUUGUCAUUGAUUACAUGGUACUGGUUUGGUAUGGUCUUUUAUAUGGGGAAAUCGGUUCUCUUCUACAUCGGAAGAAGCCAGUUUCCAGUUUUUUAUUCAUUAUACAAAUGGAAAUUCCAUGUCGAGGUGUUAGAAAACUCUUCUGUUUAGUUUUGCAAAAGAGAGGUUAAAAUGCAUAAAAUUAUAGCAUGCGUCUGGUGAAUUGGUUAUUCUUGAGGGUCGGGGUCCUAAAAUUUUUCGUACUUGGUUCUUUAUUGUUCCUACGUUGAUUUUUUUCUUCUUUUCCGAGAACUGGUUUAUCUAGUUAUUGGGAGGUUUUGAUCUGUGCAGAGGGUGCAUAGUUGAGUUUUGUGCCGAAUGGAGAAUUGGAUUGUAUUCUUUUUUACUUUUGGAGAGUUUAAAAUGUGAUUAAUUUUGCCCUGUUAUA